GAACUUCUGGACUGAGAAUACAAAAGUAGCAUAAGUCGCCUAUACUCGCCUCUGCGUGCGGCAUUCUCUCGUUAAAGGCAUCGGAUCUUAUAAAUAAACCUAUCAUCGUUUUGUGAAUUGUGUUAAGUAAAAGUGAUAAAUAAGAGGUGUGCAGACGAACUCUAUGCAAAAAAUGAGGCCUAUUAAAGAUUCUGUGCUGGAGAUAAUUUCACCAAACGUUCACGUUGAUGAUGAGUUCAUUGAAACGGACUAUGAGUAUAAAACAUCUAAUGUAAAACGAAUUGAUGGUAAAGUGCAGGUUUAUCCGGAGACGACAGCAUUAAAAAUACGUACGGCUCGGAACGUCCCUAAGCUGGGUCUUAUGCUUGUCGGAUGGGGUGGGAAUAACGGAUCUACAUUGACGGCAGCGUUGGAGGCCAAUCGUCAACAGUUGCAAUGGCGAACCCGAACGGGAAUUCAAAAAGCCAAUUGGUACGGGAGCAUAACUCAAGCCUCUACCGUUUUGAUUGGCUCCGAUGAAGAAGGCAGCGAUGUACAUGUGGCCAUGAAUGAGCUGCUUCCCAUGGUGAGGCCAAAUGAUAUAUUGGUUGAUGGAUGGGAUAUUAGUGGUUUAAAUCUUGGGGAUGCGAUGCGUCGCGCAGAAGUUCUCGAUAUUGGAGUUCAAGAUCAAUUAUAUGAAAAUUUGGUCGGACUGAAACCGCGUGCUUCUAUUUACGAUCCUAGCUUUAUAGCUGCAAAUCAGGUAGGUCGCGCCAAUAAUGUGAUCAAGGGCAGUAAAAUGGAGCAGUACGAACAAGUCCGUCGCGAUAUACGUGACUUUAAGCAACGUAGUGGCGUGGAGACAGUCAUAGUGUUGUGGACGGCCAAUACGGAGCGUUUUUGCGAUGUACGGGAGGGCUUAAACAACACAAUGGAGGACCUGAAGACUACACUGCAGGCGAACAAAGCAGAGCUGUCGCCGUCUACUAUUUUUGCUAUGGCCAGUAUAGAUGAGGGAUGCACAUAUAUCAAUGGCUCUCCACAAAAUACUUUCGUACCGGGCCUGAUUGAGAUGGCCGAAGCUAAAGGCGUGUUUAUUGCUGGCGACGACUUUAAAUCGGGUCAAACGAAAAUAAAGAGCGUUUUGGUGGAUUUCUUAGUCGGAGCAGGUAUUAAGCCAGUGUCCAUCGUUAGCUACAACCAUUUGGGUAAUAACGACGGUAAAAAUUUAUCCGCGCCAGAACAAUUUCGCUCCAAGGAGAUAUCCAAGAGCAAUGUAGUCGAUGACAUGGUUGCUUCGAACAAAAUACUCUAUGGCGCCAAAGAGCAGCCAGAUCAUGUCGUUGUUAUAAAAUAUGUGCCCUACGUUGGCGACAGCAAGCGUGCCAUGGAUGAGUACACGUCGGAGAUAAUGAUGGGCGGCCAUAACACAUUAGUCAUUCACAAUACCUGUGAGGAUUCGCUCCUGGCCACGCCUCUAAUAUUGGAUUUGGUUAUUUUGGCAGAGCUAAGUUCUCGCAUUCAUAUACGUAGCGCAUCACAUUCGAGUACGCCCUGGGUACCAUUUAAGCCAAUUCUUUCACUUCUGAGCUAUUUGUGCAAGGCACCUUUGGUUCCUCGAAAUUCUCAGGUGGUAAACUCUUUGUUCCGUCAGAGAGCCGCAAUCGAGAAUAUUUUGCGUGGCUGCAUUGGGCUACCACCUAUUUCCCACAUGACUCUUGAACAGCGCUUUGACUUUUCCAAUUUUACAAAUGAUCAUGGAGUAAAGAGGGAAAAGGGAUUGGACCAGAAACAGGCACGUGCUGAAAAUUCUGUCAAUGGCAAAGCUUGCAGUAACGGUAGUGCAACCAAUGGCAAUAACCGUUAAUACAUGUAUAAAUUUUUAAACUUUGUAUUAGAACAUUUCAAAGUAGUAAUAAGCCAUGACUAUUAAACAACAUGCUUAAUUUCAAAA